AUGUCAUCUAAAGAAACUUCAUCAUCACAGCCUCCUCCUCGUGAAGAUUCCACUCAACAAUCGCAAGUUGAAUAUCAAGAUUGUUUAGCUUGUAAAUUAGUAGGUUCGACAACAUUUAUAGGAUUAGGAUCUUAUUCAAUUUAUCAAGCAUUAAAAUUAAAUUCUACCAAAAUAAAAAAUAAAUCACCAAAUUUUAGAAAAUUUGGAUUAAAUGUAAUUGGAAUUUUUCGAUUUUUUCAAUAA